AUGUAUAUGAUCUCGGGAACAUAGCCUAUCGAAUUCUCCAUCCGAACAUCCGAAAUCACCGAAAAAUCGUUAAGAUAUGACCGACAAUCUGUCAACUACCGUCCAAUUGAGCGUUCGGCUGAAUCGGCUCAAUGAUUACAACAAAAAUUUACCUUGAUGAGCUUCUUCGAGGACAUUGGGCGCAACAACGCACAGUUGAGCCACCUCCGAAAGGCACUCGCACAACUUCCACAUAGUAUCCCCCUCGGAAACUCCAAAUAUAAUUUUGAGCACUAUGCUCCAGAUCCGGAGAGGGUCGAACUCUAUGGCAGUACCGAAGCCGCACUGAAUAAUGUGCUCGAGGUCACAUUUGCACCCAGAGGCCGGAAGGAUGAGUCGGCACCGUGUCCAUUCGAGUUUCAAGAUGUCCCGUAGACCAAAAGGCCUCCCUCAAAACCAACAGUUAAGUUUCGUGACCUGGAAAGUACUCUUUUCGAUGUCGAUGUCGAUAGCAAUGGUCAGAAAAGGAAACACGACAACUCCGAGUCGCAAGCAGAGGCUAACCCGGAGCCGCAGGAC